AUACAUAUAAGUAUAAUUAUGUAUAUUGGUGAAGGGGUUUAUGUAUAAUUGUGCACUAGUGGUGAAAAGGGAUAUUUACUAAUAGAUAAUUAUGGUAUAAUUAUAUAUAAUUAGACUACCCCAUAUAGGGACCAAUGAAUGCAUUCCGCAUAAUUGUCACCCUCUGCCAUGUACUCAAUAAAAAUAUCAAGCUGACUUGUUCGUCCAGUAUACAUGAGAGGUCAUAGUUCAGUCACUAUAUGUACCCACACGCCGCCAUUUUGAAUCCCUCUACAACGUACCAGGAUGACGGAUUUGUGUAAGGCUUAUCGUAGUCUGCCGUUCAAAAUAUUUUUGAAACAUCGCUGGCUGUUAGCACUCUUGAUGAUACUUUUGUUGAGUUUGGGUUGCUUCCACCAAUACACUGGUUACGUUUCUUUCUUUUUCAGAGCAAUUCGGUACACGAACGAGUUGGUUGAGAACCCGAAGCCCGUCGCCAUACACCACAACCACCAAGGCAGGAACGAGAGCGUGGUCUGCAUCAUAGAAACUUCUCUUGGAGAUGCUUGCGAGGGACUAGGCUUCGCCUCUCUCGUUUUGGAGACGAUAGACGACAUUACAACAUGUCUUGCCCGUGGAUUCGUCCCAACAGUCAUAUGGACAGAGUGUGACUACUGUGGGCCGCCUGGAAAUGGACAGAACUAUUGGACCUGGUACUUUGAAGGGAGGAAUGAAGAUAUAGUACAGCAAGCGAAGACUCGGGUGUGUAUGGCACCCAAACGGCAUCCCUAUGGCAUGCCUUCGGUUUACCUGACUCGAACAGGAGCAAUGGGUGAAUUGGUGGACUUCCGGUUUGCCGACUUGGAAAACAAGGUGACGGAAUACUACCAACCAAUUACAGCAGAGACCCGGGCUCUUGCCAAUCACGUCAUAUCAGGUUAUCUCCAGCCAGCCGCUAGGAUCAAGAACGCAGUGGAUACUUUCUAUCAAUCCUUCAUGGCAGACAGUAUUAAUAUAGGCGUCCACGUGAGACUAAAAGCAGGUCACGCCAGAGAGAUGACGCUAAAUCAUCAAACACCUCCAGAACUGCAAGACUUUGUUCAAGUCGUGCAUCGUCUCAUAAACGACAUCACUGCCAAAUAUGCCGACAGAGAAAUCCGCAUAUACCUGGCCUCUGAUCUUGACCAAGUUAUUAAGGAAUUCAAAUCCAAGUUUGGGAACAACAGAGUCUUACACAUAGCUGCCUCCAGGGGGAAAAGUUUGAAUGAUGACGUUAUACGGAAAGACUCUCCGAAUCUACUAGGCGACCAGGUGUUCACUGACAUCUUGCUGAUGUCUAAGUGUGACUACUUUGUCCAUGAUGAGUCUAAUGUUGCUUCAGUGACGUACUAUUACAACCCCAACCUUAAGAGCUACUAUGUCAGUGGAGACGCCUCGGACUUCAGACGACUUAAUGCGCAACCUCGUUUCGAUUCUGAGGAACUUUUUCGUCAGGCCGUUGCCAAGGAAACGCGCAACAUAAUCCUACCCGAUUGGAGGGAUGACACUCUAUGGGCUGGUCUUAAGGCCAGGGGUGGAAUGCUGUUCAGAUUGUUAUUCACUGAACGGCAGUACCUAAACACCCUGAGGUGUUUUUACAAGAACAUGAAAUGGAGCAAAUGUCGCAGGGAGUUUUUAAGAUCAAAGUUUGCCAGCGAUAGUGACAUAAAGAAAUUGAUGGAUCUUUGAAGAUGUUAGAA